AUGCCAAUAACAUUCGGAGGAGCACCUAAAUGUCCUCGCUGUGCAAAGUCUGUGUAUAUGGCGGAACAGGUCAGUGGCCCAGGCGGUUUUUGGCAUAAGUCUUGUUUAACCUGCAAGGAAUGUAAUAAGAGACUUGAUUCGACUACUUUGACAGAAAAGGAGAACGAGGCGUAUUGUAAAACCUGCUAUAAUAGAAGAUGGGGGCCUAAAGGAUACGGGUUUGCUGGAGGAGCUGCGUUUCUGAGCACAGAGACCAAAAUGCCCAGCGAGACCGAUACAUCGUAUAAAGGUACUCUACCUCCUGCUACACCACAGCGUCCGACCCAACCUCCUUCAGUAACCGAUUCGAGGACUACACCCUCAGUAAAGCAGCAACAGCAACAAAAUGCUUCUGCAUCGUCUUUUGGUGGUUAUUUGAAGCAUCACACUAGUUACACGCCCCGUAAAUUCAACUUCAACCAACAACAAGAUAUAUGUGCACGAUGUAAGAAAGCAGUCUAUGCUGCAGAACUGGUGUUAGGAGGCGGUAACAAAUAUCACAAGUACUGUUUGAAGUGCAAAGAGUGUGGUAAACGAUUAGAUUCUACAAAUAUGGUGGAUCGUGAUUCAGAUUUGUAUUGUCGAGGCUGCUACUCUAAAGCAUUCGGGCCUAAAGGAUUUGGUUAUGGUAAUUUGUUGACAACUGAAGGUGCAUCCCGUUAA